UACAGUCUAUGGUGGAAAGUAUCUGACCUGACAAUGUUUAGGUAUAGCCUACUUGUUUCCAUUUUCUUUGGCACUGUUCACCUAAUACCUUCAUACCUAAUCCUAACCUCCUAAUAUUAUUUACAAUACAACUCUCUCUAAAGAACAUAACGGGGUUUCAUGCGUUUUUAGUUUUUUUUACAAGGUGUUUACAUCUUUAUGUAGUAAAUUAUUUGUACAGUGUGCUGUUGCUACUUUCUACCUCUGCUAACAAGGUGAGACCAUCUCCUCCUUUCAAACUGUAGCUUUAUAAAUGUAUUAUAUAUAUUUGUAUCUUAUUAUUUUUAGUUUCAAUGUGUAUUUGACAACAUCAACAUAAAAACGAAUCCAGGGGAUAAACGUUACCUUAGCGGGACAUACAUUAGCAUUUAGCUGUGGCAGCUAAAAGUGCAGAUAGUUAGUUAAACUUAUACGUCACACAAACAGCACUGGUCUUCUGACAAGUAUAUUAUAAGCAAAGUUUGUAAUAUCACAUUAAUAUAACUAUAUUCAUAAUGUGGUUUGUAUUCGUAAAUGUAAUGUUACACUUAACAGCCUAGAGGGGGAUGCUUAAGCUAAAGGAGGCAGUUAGCUAACGUUAGCUGUAGUUCAUUAGACUUGAGCCAUCCUCUUUGACUAACGUUACAUUGCACAGAACACUAGGUUAUUGUUGUUACCAACACUAUUUGUGUAUUUUUAGCAGGUGUGUUUUGUUUUGUUUAUUUUAGAUUUGCAGAGUCAAACAAACCAACAUGGAUUUUUACUUUGACGACCUACCAUCCACCUCACAGUCCACUCCCAAAAGCGGACAUGAAGAUUCCCAAAUGACAGAAGACACAGACAACGAGUCACCAAGAGGAAAGUCCUCAAGCCUGAGCAUGACUGAUAUUCAAGAGCAGGAUACCAGCUCGAAAGUAACUGACAUCAGCAGGAGAGUUCAGGAGCUGGUGGAAAAUAUUAACAACAGCCGCACUAGUGACCAGAAAGUGAUGGACAGCUUCCAGGACAAGUUAGUCGCAAAGGUGACAGAGAUGUGUCAGCAGAUGAAGGAGCACUUGUUCACGGUGUAUGAAGAGAACAGCAAUGAGAUGCAGCUGAAGUUGCUGGAGUUGUCGGAGGUGCUGGAGAGCUGCACUAAGCUCAACAGUGAGCUCCUGGAGGCCAGUCAUGCACUGGCAGGUCUCAGAGGGGCCUUGGCUAUUAGCCAGACAUCAGAACCCUAAAAACUAGUAAUUGUUCCGAUGUCCGCAUUAUUUGUUAAAUUGUUCUGAGUUUGUUAAUGUGCUCUUUGGUUUACUAUGUUGAGUAUUCUGAAAAGUUGCCUUUUUCUUCCUAUUUUUCCAUGAAUACACGGUACAUUGUGUCUUUGCUUAUAGAACAUUAUUAUUAAUUGCAAUUAUUUACAUUUUCAGUACCACAAACAUCUAAUGUGAAUGUCUACCUAUUUCUGGUGUGCAGUUCAUACAUGGCUUCUUAAUCAAACAUGCCCAGGUAAACAUUGUAUUGCUUUUUAUGUGUGCUAAUGAUUGCAUUAAAAGAAGACUAAAACAAAA